AAAAAGACAGCGACCGGCACGUAGUUCACUCAGUGACCAUACGAGUUGGUGUGUGAAGUGUUUUUCCUUCGUUUAGCGUCUGUUUGACCGCUUGGACCUAAGCCAAGAUGACAAACGGACACAUCGAAAUCUACGACCCCUUUGCCCACCCUGAUGGCCGCUCCACUGGUACAUACCACGACCCCGAGUCUACCCCAGUCGUGGCGAACAUGGAGGACACAGUGGAGUUCAGAGUCCUAAUGGCCUACGCGACGAGGAGACGACCAAACACACAGAGGAGCCCGGUCAGGGAAAGCGGUGGGGAUGACGCAGAUGGACAUGUCAAAACUCCACUAAAGACACCAACACAGACUGAGAACAAGCUCACAGAAAAGAAAAUCAGAAAGAAGGGGAGGAGAUUGAAACGCAUGUUGAGCAUUUUCAGCUGCACCAGGCCUCAGACGAAGAAUGACGAAGACGAGGAGGAGCAGCAGCAGCAGCAGAAACCGAUGGAGCCUGGUGAUGAAGUCGCAUUCAGAUGUUUCCAUGCUACAGAUGAGCCUGAAAAGAAGGACGAGGAGGAGGACGAGAAGGCGAGAGAGGUAGCGAGCAGACUGAUGGAGCUUGCUGAUGAAAUCCAAUUAAUUCCUCCAGAAAUAGAGACGGAUUGCCCAGACGAUGACGUGGAGACCAUAAUUGGUCUGCUGCUGAGAGAAACUGGAGACAAAUAUGAUGGCGAGGUGCUGAAAGAUGCCAACAUAGCAGCAGAGCUCUUCUGGAAUUACGAUUUCUUUAGGAAGUUAAUAAACACCUUCCUGAUACGAGUGGGCCUCAGGACCCCCUCGCCCAACUCUCCAGGGCCGCAGGCGUCACAAAAAACCCAGAUGGCUGUGAUGUGUGAGGUCACCACGCGUCUGUCAGCUGUGGAAACGUUGCCCAUAAACCGCCUGCUGAACCACGGAGCUCGAUACAUGCAGGAUUACUUUUCAACCUGGGUGCAGGAGCAAGGAGGAUAUGAUGCAGCGUUUGAUGAGACUGAGGAAGUCGACUGAGCAGAAGGGACGUGGUUUACAAGCUCCACAGCUCCCCCUGUUGGCCAAAACCUGCACUAACUGUGGCUUCAGGAGCUGCUAACAUUAACAAUGAACUCUAACAGCACAACAGGACAUCUUCGAACUGUACAGAGAAUAAAAAUGAGUUUACAGACUGCAAAACAUCAGAGCCACUUUCUCACAGAUCAUGUAAUAGUUUUUAUAUUUAAGUUUCAGCAAGAUUUAAAUAAGAAAUUUCAUGUUUGUUUUUUGCAUGUCUUCAAUUGUUUUUGUAUAAAUGCAUUACAUGUUUUGCAAACUUAUGCACUGAUUUUUCUUUUGUGAUCUGAUGGACCAGCGCAUUGAAUUUAAAAAAAAAAAAAAAAAAAAAAAAAAAGGAAAAAGUUGAAUAAUGAAGCACUUGUACUUCUCCCUUUAAAAAAACAAAACAAAAAAGCCCCAAAACAAGUAGAACAGCAGUGACAAAGCAUUCAUGUGUUUCUAAUGUUGUUUACUAUUGUUUGUAAUAUUUGCACACACAAAAAGAACUCAGGAGGAGACACGCAUCCCUGUGGCGUUUUUGUAUGGAAGUAAAUAUCUGUUAAACAUGUGAAGAAAGGCCCCUGCUUAUCCUGCGUGGAAAAAGUAUGUAUCUGUGUCCUGUAACAGAUUUUCAGUAUGUAAAGUGAAUAUGACUAUGGAGAAAGGAAAAAAAAAAAAAGCUCAGGUUAAUUAAAAUCAGUCUUUGUUUGUAUUA